CCUAAUACCUGAAUAUUUAUGAGAACUAUUUUUCUUCAUUUAGUUAUAUAUUAUAAAAUUGUACUGCGAUUGGAAUAAUCUUUAUGACCAGCAUUGAGCAUUCUCUAGAAUAGACGAUUCUGACUACUGACAAGUAUGUUAAUAAUUGUUACAAUCCAACAUUUGUUUUGAAAAUUAUGAAAUUAUUUUGACUUAUUUAAAACAAAUUUAAUUUUUGUAUUCAUUGGUAAUUUUUUUUUCUAGUAAUGUCUCAAAAUCUAUCUAAUAGUGUUGGUAAUAUUGAACCCCAAAAUGAAUUAUCUGAGCUAUUAGAUGAUGCGCUCAAAGAUUUUGAUGAUUCUGGUGAGACGACAGAGCAGUCAACAAUACCUGAAGUUCAUACUUUCAGUCCAGAUAAUGACUUUUUAAAAGAAAGUUUUGAAGAUACAUUGAAAUCAUUUAUGAAUAGUGAACAAGCGGAACUAGCAGCUAACCUUCAACAAAUAAUUUUAGAUGAGGGAGAUUCUGAAUUGCAUUCAGUUAUUCAAGAAUCAUUGAAAAACUUAACAGAAGCUAAACUUAAUUUACCCGAGGGAGAUGAUAUGGUCUCAAUGUUUGCCAAUAUGGGUUUGCAUGAUGAUAUUAACUUAGAUGAUGAUAUGUUUCCAAUGUUAAUGAAAUUUAUGCAACCAUUAUUGAGCAAGGAAAUAUUAUACCCAUCAAUUAAAGAUCUGUGCGAUAAAUAUCCAAAAUGGCUUGAAGACAAUGAACUGUCUUCUAAUAAAGAAGAAUUUAAUAAGUAGGUUGUUUAUUAUUAUUAGGUAUAUUAUAAUAAAUAAUAUUUAGUAUUUAAAUACUUUUUAUAUUAAAAAUUUCAGGUAUGCAAAAAUGUUUGAUAUUAUGAAAGAAGUCCGAGAUAAUUUAGAAAACCAACAAGAUACUGAUGAUGAAAUCACUAAAACAAGAAAAUUCAAAGAACUUAUGGAGUUAUUAAAAAAAAUGCAAGAUUGUGGCACACCACCAGAUGAUCUAUUAAAAGAUAUAGCUGAUAGAGGACCAAUACCAGAAAACUUUGGACAAUGUAACCUCAUGUAGCAUAUAUUUAAAAAUAUGAACUUAAAAUACCUUUUUUUUUUAUUGAGUCUUGUUUAUUUAUUUAUUAACAGUUUGAUAAAUGAAGACUGAAUAAACAUAGGGUAUUGUAUAGGUGAGAGGAUAGCAGGCAGAUUUAAAUUAUGUUACAAGUAAACUUUCAAAAUAUAAAUCAUUUUUUUAAAUUUCUGACCAUAUUAUUAUAUGGUCAUAUAUUGUAUUCUUUAUAAAAUUUAAUUUGAUUUAUGUUUGAUAAAUAAUUUAAAUUUAAAAGUAAUUUAAUUCUGACAUUUAAACUGUUAAAAUAAAUAUAAUGAUCAAGAAAAAGAAGCAAAUUUGAAAUCUGCUACAUCUAUUGUUUUUUUAAAUUCUUGAAUUGGGAAGAAUUUAAUUAUAAGUAUAUUUCAUAAUUGUGGGAGAAAUCAAAAUGUAUUAUUUUAGUGCAUUCUUGUUGUAGGAGGUACUCAUUUAUGUCUUAGACUUACAACUAUAUACACAUUAAUAAAAUAAUUAUUGGCAUUCAAUGUAUGUACAAUUUAUCUUCUCACAGGGUUUUUUUUUGUUAAGUGUAUAGGUACUUUAUUAAAUUAUAAAUAUUAGAGUAAAAAAUUGUAUACAAUUGCUAUGAAUAUAUAGAGCAUAGAGCUUAUACAUUUUGUAUAGACAUUGUUAUUUAUUAUACAUUUAUAUAAUAAUAAAAUACAAAUAAUAAUUGGUAUAACUUAGAUCAUUUGUUUUAUUUUGUCCAAGUCUUUUUUAUAUAGACUAGAUCAGCAGUUCCCAACCUUUUUAGUUUCGCGGACCACUAAUUUUGUAAAAAAAUAUUUGAGGCCCACCCAUAGCAUACCUAUAUACGUUUUCAUAAAAUUAUAAUAUAUAAUAUAUAUUAUAUACAUAUAUACAUGUAUAUAUAGUUAUUAGGAAUAAAAAAUUUUAAAAAUUAAAAAAAAAACUUAAUUCAACUUUAUCACAAGAUAAACAAUUUAAUGUGAUUUUUGACAUUGCUUGUUCUUCACGAGAAAGUCAAUAUCUGGAUUAAAACUUGUCAGUUUUAGUCUUAAAUCACUCUCAACAUUCAGUUUAUUCCUAUAUUUAUUUUUUAAAUAAAUUAAAGUAGAAAAAGCACGUUCACAUAAAUAAGUUGUCGAAAAGCCCAUCAAGUUUCUCAGUGCAAUUUUAGCGAUUGCUGGAUAGUCUUUCCGAACAUUUAACCAGAAUGGCACUAAUUGUAC